GCUUCACGGAGCUGGUACGCUAUAGUCCAAUUCCAGUAAAGCGAUUUAAAAGCAUCCUGAAGAAAAGGAUUAAGAAAUUUAGAGUAAGUGGGAAGAACAGAAGCCACACACUCUGUCUCGACCUUGGGCCCUUUGCAAAACAUAAUAGCUUCUCGGAGCAGGACUACACUGGACUGACAAAAUGGCCACUGCCUCGCCCACGGAGGGGGUGGAGCCCUGUGGCAGGCAGCAGCUGGCCGUUGGUGGGUUUGAGAUCUACGUCCCCAGGGAGGCUGACGUGCGGUCUGUCCUGGCUCAGGACCUGCCGUCGGGCAUCUUGAAGCGGAUGGGCCUGCUCUCGCCUGGGCGUUUAGACAUGGACUCGGCGACGGUCACCUGGAUCUCUCCCGUGGUGGUGCACGAGAAAGCCCCCUGCCUGCCCCCCGGCCCGCACGGAGCCCCGCCCCCCGGCCCGCACGGAGCCCCGCCCCCCGGCCCGCACGGAGCCCCGCCCCCCAGCCGCUGCGGCCCUGCGGCCCGCGAGUUCCUCACCUCUGCCGCCGAGUCCUGCGGCUCCGCCCCCGGCGCGCAGGGCCAGUUCCUGCUGCCUGUGGCCUGCUCUAACCUCGCCGCGUUCAGGGUGCUGAGGGAGUUCAUGCCCCACAGGGACUCCCAGCCCGCAGAACCCAAGUGGGAAAGCAGCCAGCCCGCCUGCGCUCGGCGAGGACAGGCCCUCUGCUUCAGCCAGGACGCCAUCAUCAUCCACCAAGGCCACAUCUUCCUCUCCAUCAAGAAGGCCGAGCCGGGCGCCUGGAGGGGGGAGCCUGGGCAGAGAUCGAUGCCCGAGGUCGCUCCCCCCCAACUGACUGCUGUCUGCGGGUCCCGGAGGCCGGAAGAUGCCCAGCAUGGCAGUGUCCCCACUGCUGCACCUGAACAGGUGCAACAGAGAGCCGCCGGCCUGAGGGCUCUGUGUCAGCAGUUUGGUGUGAAGCGCAGAGCGUGCAUAGCUUUAGUUGACCUCCCAAAUGCAGCGCUAAAAACGCUGUCAGCAGUCGGGUGUGUUGACCUGGAGAAGCAUCCAACAGCUGCACAGCUUUGCCGGAAGGCCGAGCGGAGCAGGCUGGGGUCCUUCGGCAGGGGCUGCUUGGCAGAGUCUAGAAACGGCGGUGCUGAAGACCUUCCCGGGGCCCGAUGUUCAGAAGACGGGAGGAAGGGUGUGGCUUAUUACAGGGACAACGUAACGGAAGAGGAGGAGUCAAAAGAACCAGUGUCAAAGAAGGCCAGACUGGUUUCUGGCGGUGAUGCUAGCACAGGUGGAGUGGAGGGUGGAGACCUUGCUACAGGUGAGGCUAAGGCUGGAGACCUUGAUAGAGCUGAGGUUCAGAGUGAAGGUCUCGGUAGAGCUGAGAUUCAGAGUGAAGAUCUCGGUAGAGCUAAGGUUAAGGGUGAAGAUCUCGGUAGAGCUGAGGUUCAGAGUGAAGAUCUCGGUAAAGCUAAGGUUAAGGGUGAAGAUCUCGAUAGAGCUGAGGUUCAGAGUGAAGCUCUCGGUAGAGCUGAGGUUCAGAGUGAAGAUCUCGGUAAAGCUAAGGUUAAGGGUGAAGAUCUUGGUAGAGCAGAGGUUAAGAGUGAAGACCUUAGUACAGGCGACGAUGAGGAUGAAGACCGUAGUACAGGCGAGAGUGACGACCUUGGUGCAGGUGAGAGUGAUGACCUUGGUGCAGGGGGAGUUUGGGCUGGUGAAGGGCGGGAGCAAAAUGGUGGAGGCGGAGCCCAGAGUGCAGGUGAGGACCCUUCCGGAGGCGAGUGCCGAGUGGAGGACGAGGCCUGCCUGCACGUGCCCGGCCUGGAGUACACCGCGGGGUUCGACUUUGAGCAGUCGGCCCGGGACGAGCGGAUCAGCCGGAUCCGCGCGCGGCUGAGCGAGAAAGAGGCGGCGCUGCGGAGGCUGGCGCGCCUGCCCCUGUGAGCUCCCUGGAGGUCAAAGUUCACAUUUUCACAGAUCGUUCUUGCCUGGAUUUUUCAUUGCCGAGUUAAUGGGGUCAACGUUUCCGUCCCCGUUUCUCUGAACGUUCGUGCGCAGUCAAACUAAAUUUUAUUGUUCCAGAUUUGUAUUGGACUGAAGUUAUGUGUUUUGAAAAACGAGAAAAGAGAAUAUGUUUGCCAGUAUUGAAGGUCCUGCUUUGACUGUUUUUGUUUUUUUCUUUUUUUACUGAGUUGUGUUUUGCAGAUUAUAUCCAGAUGGGGGCGCUGUUUUAAGGUGCUCUGUCUAGUAGCAGGGAAACUCAGAUCUGACUCUCAGGGCCAGAAGUACUUCUGGUUUUAAUUUAGCCAUUUCUAAUUACAACUGAUUUAAACCUGGGCCUAUGACUUUAAUGGAUAUCGUAACUAUCAGGUAGAAAAGAAAGCUAGCAGUAGUAUUGGUCUUGAGGGCCAAAUUUGAGUUUUCCUGGUCUAAGGCAUUUGAAUGUAAUGACUAUUUGAAGGGAGAUGAAUGUAAUGACUUGUUUUUGUUGACCCGUGUAUAUUUUCUACCCUUCACAUUUUGAUCUUCUGCAGUAAAUAUGAAAAGGUA